AGAGAGAGAGAGAGAGAGAGAGAGAGAGAGAUGAGCAGGAACAGAGUGUUGGUGGUCGGAGGCACAGGCUACUUAGGUCAGCACCUAUUGCAAGGCCUUUCAGAGAUCAAAGAAACAACUCCUUCCUACGAUCUAGCAUUCACUUACCACUCAACUCCUCCUCCUCAGGCCUUGGUCGACGCCAUUCCUCACAGUUUCCCUUUCCAUGUCGAUUUGCGGACUGGUCAUGGGUUCGAUGCCAUCUCACAAACAUUUGGCCAGCCUCAUGUGGUGAUCAAUUGCGCUGCACUUUCCAUACCUCGUGCCUGUGAGAUGGAUCCUUCGUCGGCCAUGUCUAUUAAUGUGCCUUCUGCUCUUGUAAAAUGGUUAUUAAACUUCAGCGAGGGCAGUACUCUUUUGAUUCAUCUGUCAACUGAUCAAGUUUAUGAAGGGACAAAGUCCUUCUAUACAGAAGAAGAUGGGACUGAACCUGUGAAUGUUUAUGGUAAAUCCAAAGUGGCAGCAGAACAAUUUAUAUCUACAAGCUGCUCAAACUUUGCAAUUUUGAGAAGCAGUAUUAUCUUUGGACCACAGACCAUCUCACCAGUUCCAAAGUCACUCCCAAUUCAGUGGAUGGAUAGCAUUCUUGCUAAAGGAGAUAGAGUGGACUUUUUUCAUGAUGAGUUUCGUUGCCCUGUCUAUGUCAAGGAUCUCGUGACAAUCAUACAAACAUUGACUUACAGAUGGAUCUCAGGUUCGGCAUCUUUUCUUUGUGUCUGUAUGCAUGUUGUGAAUGUGGUUGUGCUCUUUUGCUAAAUUUUUUGUCAUAAUCUCUUCUUUUAAUGUGUCAUCAUGAGUUUAAUCUGCUGUUACUAUAAGGAAUAUAUGUUCGAGGGAGAUAUCACUUUUUAAGACCUUUGAAAGUGAAACUCCUUGUCGUUGAGAAGCAUGUACUACGGACAUUAUUUGAUUUAUCUCAAAUCUUGUAUAAGAAGCAAUAGUUGAACUGUGGAAGUGUUUUUGUUCCUAUCAUAUCCCGGAAAAAGAUUGAGGUGUCUGCACGACAAAAUUUGCAUGUAGGAUAUUCACAUCACUCAACUUAAAAUUUUCAACUAGCAAAUUAUGAAAUAAGUUCCUGGUAUCAAAUGUUACCAUAUCAUAAGCUUCUCAUAGAAUUCCUGUGUACUUAAGCCUUAUCAGUUUGAUAUCCCAUGCAUCCUGCAAUGUCAUCCAUACUAGUGACACUAUAAUAAGGUCAAUAUUUCCGCUGUUGUUGGGGGCUAAAUAGAGGUGGGUUUUUUUUUUUAACUACAG